AGAACCACAACAUAUAUACCAAAAUACUUAGUGCAGCUUUUUUGUCCCAGAAAUGGGCAAUAUUUCAGCUAAAAACUUAAAUACAAUAUUAUUUCACCUCUGCAUCCAGGCACAGGGUGUUGCUUGAUUGUAUAGAGAGAUAAAUCAAUGGGAGUUGUUAAUUUUAAUUCAUUUGUUGAAUAUGAGGAGAGAAAAAAUCUCAUUUGUCAUCAUUUGACCUGCCAGUCAAUGGAAUAUCAAGCUACACUGGCAUCUCUACUCUGAAUCUGUAUUCACCUGCAGUGAGCGAGUCUAACAAAAAUAAUUCACUAAAAAUAAAGAUGGCCUAUUAUCAAAGUCACAUUGAGCGGUGCAGCUGUACUGCUACAAAAAAAACCACAAUAACACUCACCCAUAACUUGAAAUGCAGCAUUUUUUUUAUCAUUACCCAGCUGUGGAAAAUAGUUUGUUUGUUGUAAUCAAAAAAUGACAAAUUCUUAUCCCAUAAUCAUUCUAUUCACAGCAAACAAUAGACAGUAUGAUUUCACUGUAAUUAUAUGUAGACAGGCCUGUGAUUUGUGUGGCACGUGAACCAAAAGGUAACGAAUGAGCCAACAUUAUUAGCUAUUUCGUUUUGAGCUUUAGUUGCCAAUCUAGGGAAGACCACCCAUGCCUUAAAAUAAUUAAAUAAAAAAUAUAUUCAAUAAAUCCAGAUUAAAAAUGUCUUUAUGAGUAUGUUCUUUAUAUUUAAGUAAAUGUCAGGAAGAUAAAAUUGGAAAGAAAAACAAACUGAGGAGAGACAAGCUCAGUAUUGAAGAUUAAAUUGCAGAUCAAAUAAUUGGUCGCGACAAUACCGAAUUAAGAUGCGCUUUAUGCAACUACAAAAUAGUUUUCCGGUGACAUGAUAAUUAUGCUAUUGAACCACUUAUUAAUAUCUAUAUUUAUUAUGAAUAUGGGAGGUUUUGAUCUUCCAGAAAUUUCUAGCUCACUCACUCUGUCUGGUGUUUUUCAAGAGUUUGCAGUUGAACAUGUGACUCAAAUGGCAGCGGUCUUUUGUAAGCUUUUCCAAGAAGAGCUUUAUUGACAGAACUGGCUUGUUGGUGUAAAGGGGCAUGGAAGGAGGGUGCGGGGAAGAGUACUUUGUGGCGCUUGCUGAUAAGAAGCCCCCAAGCGUUCAUAUACAUGACGUCCUAAAAAAAAAAAACGCACACCUGCCAGCCUCUCCUUGAAACAUUGACUUGAUUUUUCUUCCGUUUGUCUGUGAGCUGAAUAUAAACAAGGUUUUUAAGACAAUCAAAGCGCCUGCCAGGCCAAAGGUUGUUUACUAGGGAAAUAUGAGGCUGUUGAUGCGAUCAGAUGAUAUGCUAAGCAGCCUCUCAAUAAGGACGGGCAGAUCUGGGUCUUCCUGUCUGUUCGUCAGAGGUGUUUUUGAUGUGUUGCGUAAAAGUCAGUGUGUCUUAUUACACAACUUCCUGUGGCGUCGCGCUGCAUCAAAGGCAGACCAUAACGUCACAGCAUUACAUGUUCUGCCAAAUUGCUCAAGCAGACGCACACAAACACACACAGAGACUUGUUUUUCUGUGGCACGGGAAAUUUUCCCAACACCUUGAAACACAGGACGCCUCCUUAAACUGCUGACCUACUUUGUUGCUUCUCUUUCCAACAGAAAGCGAUUGUACCUGACGAGAAAUGUUUGUCGUACUGUGAGGCAGCAGCUGCUCGUGAGUCAGAGCGUCACAUUGUAUUUUUAUUGUUAUGGGAAGUACCGUGAAUGACCCGAUAAGGCCAUAAAAGGGAGUCACUGUAGCGGCCUAUGAGGAAGAAAGGCCAGUUCAUCAGAAAAGGUUUUGACAAGAAGUGGACAAAACAAAGAACGCUGUGAUCGGAGAGCCGAGUUGAGGAAAAGCGCAAUGGCUCAAGAGACGAACCAGAGCCCCGUCCCCAUGCUUUGUGCCACAGGCUGUGGUUUCUAUGGCAACCCAAGAACCAAUGGCAUGUGCUCUGUUUGCUACAAGGAACACCUGACGCGACAGCAGAGCAGCGAUCGCAUGAGCCCCAUGAGCCCAAUGGGCUCCACUGCUAGUCCUACCUCAGAGGCCUCAGCCAUCCAGAGACUAGAAGCCAGUCUAGCUAAGGUUGACGCCUCCCCUGUCUCCUCACCAGACAUGUCUAGCAGGACUGUUCAAGGAUCUCUUCCCGUAACCCAACAGAUGACAGAGAUGAGCAUCUCCAGAGAGGAGAAGCCUGAACUCCUAGAGCCUGUUGUAAGCCAGCCUGCUGCUUCUAGUCCUUCUCCUGUAGCUUCUCCCAGCACUGAAGAAGGCAAGGGUGAAACCCCCAAACCCAAGAAAAACCGAUGCUUCAUGUGUCGCAAAAGAGUGGGCCUUACAGGGUUCGACUGUCGCUGUGGUAACCUGUUCUGUGGCAUCCAUCGAUACUCCGACAAGCACAACUGUCCCUACGAUUACAAGGCCGAGGCUGCCGCCAAGAUCCGCAAAGAGAAUCCCGUGGUUGUGGCUGACAAGAUCCAGAGAAUAUAG